ACCAUGGUCUGGUGAGAGAAGAGCAGAUCAACGCCAACAACCAACAUCAGCUCUACACAAUCCUUCUGGGCCUGAACAUCUAUUGUAGAAUGGCAAGUGCACUGAGAUCCUGGACUGUGCCGCUGGCUCUUGUGCUGUGUGUCAUAGUGUGUCUCAGCAGCCUGGCUGAAGCUUACCCGCCCAAACCUGAACCUCCAGCCGGAGACGUGGGUCCAGAGGAGAUGGCCAAGUACCACACGGCUCUAAGACACUACAUCAACCUCAUCACGCGACAGAGAUAUGGAAAGCGAUCCACCCCUGAGGCCGCUGUGGCUGAGCUGCUGUUUGGCGAUGAUGAACAGGAUGUCAGGCCCCGCGUGGAAGACUUGUUAUGGUGAGGAUGCGACUCCUCUCUCCUCCUCUGUGGCUGGUGCCUUGGCUUUUCUUCAUCCAUCUCUAUGAUAAUAAAUGAACAGCAGAAACCAGCAUGAGACAAACCCUCAUCAAAAUGAGGCUCCAAAAACACCUCAUGAUCUGUACAUCUCUAUCAGCCUUUUUCUCUCUCUUUUCUCUUUUCUCUUUCUAUAAUUUAAUUUACUCUUUGUGAAAGACAAUUGUAAAUAAUUUAUUAUUCACUGACAAAAUUGACAAUAAUAAAAAUAACUGAAUGUUGAA